AUGAAUGAAAAUAUUCUCGAAGUAUUUAAACAAUUUGUUUACUUAUUGAAAAACUGUAACCAAGUAACCGCUUCUUCGCACUUUCAUUCAAUCAUUCAAUUGUUCAAUGAUCAAUUCAAUCAAAGUGUUUAUCCAUAUUAUAAUGAUAAAAAUAUUGAAGAAAAAGUGAACUAUGCAUUGAAGAUAUCUGAAAGUUACACAAAACAUCAACAUUGUUGUAUACAUCAUUUUAUACCAUCACCUGUAAUAUUAUAUACAUGGUCAAAGUUAUUACGAGUAGAGGUAUUUCGUCGAAUGUUUAUGGAAAUUAUUACAUCCAAUGAUCACGGUCGAAUCUCAAGUCAAUGUUCCGAUAAUUUGUGUAAUGUUACCGAAUCCAAUGUGAUCGAUUUAACUAGUAGAAAUUUACCAGUUAGCAGACAACUAAAGAAAUUAGAAUCUUUAUGCGGGGAUCAGAUGUUGUCUAUAGAAGAUUUGUCAGUGCCAGCAGAGAAGUUCACCCGCCCAUUUUGUUCAUACGAUGAAAGCAGUAAGUUUGCAUCACAAUGGCUUUUGAAUGAAUGGUCACGAAUUUAUCAUUCCUAUGAUGAUACUUCUCUGCAGGAUGUUGAUUGUACUAAUGAAAAUCCGCGCACAUUGAAUAAUGAACUAUUCUCAGAAGAUACGCUGAUGACGAUGAUGAUUAUCAUGAUGAAGGCGGUGAACAAAGCUUCAAUCGCUAACCAACAAGUUGGUAAAGGAUUUUACACAGAUGAAGAAUUCCCCAUAAAGCCAUAUGUAAAUACUAAUGAUAUACCAAGAACAUACCAGCCUAACUCUAAAUUCCAUGGUCUAUUCCGUGCAUAGAAAAUCACUCAAAUCAAAUACAAGAAGAUUCAUUUCAGGAUUCGCUUUGGAAACCAUCUCCUAUACUCCCAAAUAAGAUAGAUACCACAUUGCCUGAUUGCUUUGUGAAGCCAGAAAAUAUAGAUCCAAGCUGUUCAUCAUAGUGUUCAGUAGUGAAACAAAUUUCAGUGAUGUGAAAACAUCAUUUUUAUGGA